AUGGCUUCCUUUGCAUUCAUCCUCUGCACACUGGCAAUACUAUGGCAACGCGUUCUUGCUGUGGCUGUCUUUGAGGCUUUACAGUCAUCCAAUGCCGGUCUUUUUGCACAAUGGGUUGAGCAGGACCAAGGACUUGCAUCACUCUACAGUUCCUCGAAAGUCAAGACGGUUUUUGCGCCCGUCGACGACGCCUUCCGAGCUUAUAACCAAACCGGUCAUCUUUCUCAACUACGUCGCGUACUCGUUCGUCAAGCCGGACUCCCAUCAGAGGCGGGUCUGCAACAUGUCAGUGGUAACUUGAAUCAUCUAAAUGAGCAAUCACCCGAUUCAAACAGGACACAGCCAGUAGUCGGACUACCAUCAUCGUCAAACGGGGCCAGCGGGGUAUCUAGCAGACAAAAGCGCCAAAGCAAUAACUCAACGACCCAGACUCUGCGAUUUUACUCUGGUCUAGGAAAUAGUGUGUCUGUCAUUCAUGCCAAUAUACCGUACGACGGAGGUUUGAUACAUACUCUUGACGGUUUUUUCACUCUCCCUCAAUCAUGGGACGAUACUUUUGCAUACACCAACACAACUUCAUUCUCCUCUGGGCUCAACAGAACUGGUCUUGCGUCAAUCAUCAGUAAUCCAAAAGGAGCAACCAUAUUCUCGACGCCAAACGAGGUUUAUGAUCGCAGCAUACAGCAGAACAUUACAACAGCAUCGUUGACAAGUACUCUGUCCAACCACGUUAUACCCAAUUUCCUAGGUUACACCCCGAAUCUUGCCAACGGUACGAUUCUUACUACACAGAGUGGAAAUAACCUCACUGUGAAAAUCAUCGACGGGGAGUGGUUCAUCAACAACGCAAAGAUCAUCGGGUCAGACCAAAUUUGUUCAUAUGGAGUGGCUCAUAUUGUCGACAGCAUAAUUGAAACCUCUACAAGUCCGAGUGUGCCUGCAUACACUGGUAUGGCCGCAACUCACAAAAAGGUCGAAAAAGCAGGCGUUAUUGCUUCGAUAGCGUAUGCAUUUCUAGCAUGGCUCUUGUAA